GUUGAAGCCGAUCGAUCAUAAAUAGAAAGGGCACAAAUUAUAUAAAUAGAGAGGUUGCUGUUCGACAGAGUUACGAAAAGAAACAGAAAGAUGAGAACUGUGAUGAAGGGUGGUAUUUGGACAAACGCGGAAGAUGAAAUUCUCAAAUCCGGGGUUAUGAAAUAUGGCAGUAACCAAUGGUCUCGAAUCUCUACAUUACUUCCACGCAAAUCUGCCAUUCACUGCAAAGCUAGGUGGUGCCAAUGGCUUGAUCCUUCCAUUAAAAAGAUUGUUGAAUGGACAAGACAAGAAGAUGAAAGGCUGCUUCAUCUUUCAAAGGUCAUGCCAUCGCAAUGGAAAACAAUUGCUUCAACUAUUGGGCGAACAUCUUCUCAGUGUAUUGAUCGCUACGAGAAGCUUCUUGAUGCUGCCUGUGGUGUGGAUAGUAAGAGUGAUAGACCUGAUAACUAUGAUCCGAGGAAGUUGCGUCCAGGAGAGAUUGACCCUAAUCCUGAAGCGCGGCCUGCUCGUCCUGAUCCUGUUGAUUGGGAUGAUGACGCGGAGGAAAUGCUGUCUGCAGCGCGUGCUAGGUUAGCCAACAUAAGUGGAAAAAAAGCGAAACGAAGAGCGAGAGAGAAAAUCCUUGAAGAAGCCAGUAGACUUGCUUGUUUGCAGAAAAAGAGAGAAUUGUUGGCUGCUGGGAUAACCGAUACUAAGCAACAGCGUGGGAAAGAGAAGGUUACUGACUAUAAUGCUGAGAUUUUCAUGGAGAAGAAGCCCCCAUCAGGGUUUUAUGAUGCGACACAUGAAGCUAUAAGAACAUAAUUGCUUGGAAGUGAAGUUUGUAUUGCAAGUGAACAAGCUAACUGAUCUGGAAAUGGUAAUGAGGCUGCCGGUCCACUAGGAGAUCCUCUGCAAAUAUAGAUCAAACAAUUGAACUUCGGUGAAUUUCAAUGCCAAGACUGUACAUUAUUUCUUUUUUCUGUAAUUGGUGAUAUCCACUAGAGCAGCUCUUGUGAAGACAAUUAUUUCACAUUAUUUGUCAAUUUUUUCAGUUACCAUAAUCA